GCUUUUUUUCUGCCCAUCUUUAAGUUGAGGAAAUUUUUUCGCAAGCCAAUUGCGUCGAAGUUUGGACUCACAAACACAACACACACAUAACAAUGGGCAAUACUGGCUCCAAGACAGAUGGCUCCGAUGGCGAACCGCCACUGGAUGGUGGGAAACCUAAACACAAAAAUCUACACCAGCAGCAGCAACAACAUCAACAACAUAACGCAGUUAACAGCAAUAACAACAGCGAUAUUGGUGUGAGCAAUAGCAACAGUCUGAAAGUCACACAAACACAAUCAAUGACGCGUUCAGCGUCGGGCGCGGAUGUAACGGAAAAGUACUUGACGCAGUUGGUGCCCGUAGAGAGAUUGGCGGAGAUAUUAAAGGAGCAGUCCAGCGCCAAGUAUGGCAUAAAUGGAAUUGCAACAGAUGUUUUUGUGUCUCAAGUGUUUCCGCAAUACGCGGAUUUAGGACAGCGUCUGUACCAGCUGAUGCAUGUGAGUUCUAAGGCCACGACCAAGCAUCUGGGCACGGUGGCCUUUCGGCAGCAAUGCGAACGCUUUCUAGGCAUCAUGGACGAUGCCAAGGUGCUCGAGUGCUACAUCAAGAUGUACGCUCAAACGGACAAUACGGACUUUAUUGACAAAACGGGCGUAACUCGCCUGCUUCACAUUUGCUAUACAAUUGCCAUGCAGCAUUCCGGAAAUGCAGUGCUUUGCACGGCCAUCAAUCGAACCUUUGGCUCGGUGACCAAGUCUAUAUUCUUUAAUCACGACAGUCUUAGCAUUGGCUAUGUGUGCCGCUGGUUUGAGCAGAAUCUAAUACGCCUGGUGCUUCUGGUGCACAAAUAUUGUGUGCAUACACUCUCCACGGCAUAUCGUGGUCUGGAGCAGCAGACACAAUCCUGUGGCAUUGAGCUGCAGACACCGGUGCUAGAACAGCGUAAUCCCUUUGGCAGCUCCGCUGAUACUACCGAUCACAGUUUGCCCGUAAGCCAUGUAGAGUCACUGAUGCCGUUAUCGCAAGCCUGGCUUCUGGCUGGAGCGCUGCCGCCGCUAUACUCCAAACCGCAGUCAGUAGCGCCGCCAAAUAGCAGUAAUAAUGCCAGUGCUUCUUCAGCUGUGCAGAUUUUCAAGGAUAAGCUAUCUAUGAUGCCAUCGCACUGGACUUUGCUCUACGAUUCCAAUGAGCAUGGUGUGGGCGCCAAUCGUUUUCUGCAUCACGUGCUGGGCUAUCGCGGGCCCACGCUAGUGCUGCUGCAUACCAAGGAUGAGCAAACCUACUGCAUUGCAGCCCCCAGUGAGUGGAAGGAGACACAUCUGUUUGUGGGCAGUGAAGGCAGCUGUGUUAUACAGCUGUUGCCCAAAUUUGUGAUAUUGGAGAAGAAGCCGAACAUCUUGUACCUUAAUACCAGCAUACGUGGGUACCCCAAGGGACUGCGUGCUGGUGCAGAUCCUCGCAAGCCCAUCAUAGCGGUCGAUGAGCAUUUCGAGAACGUUGACUGCAAAGGCAUUGCAGCUGGCCUUAUGUCUAUUGAGGUCUGGGGCUGCGGCGAUAAAUCAUCACGCGAAGUGCAAUUGGAUAUAAAAAAGUGGCAGAUCAAGGAAGCGGAACGUCAACGCACUGUUAAAUUGACAGCAGCCGAUUGGAUGGAUCAUCCGGAUCGUUAUUUACUUGAGCUGGGCGGCAGGCAAAAUUACAACAAUUAAGCGAUAUUGUUGCUGCGUGUAUUUCAAUCGAAAGCAAUUCGUGUGCACCUUACACAAAUUUUACGGGGAAUACUUUAUAAACUAAAGUACUAACACUAACAAAUUAUUAUGCUUGUUAUACGCAGACUGAACUCUAUUGUAAUUCGCUGUUAAAUUCAUGUUCGCUAACUAUUUCAUGAUUGAUAUCUGUUUAAUUUUUCGUAGUUACUUUCCGUCAGUUAUACAUCAGUACUUAAGUCAAUGUAGUAUGUCUUUGUCGACAGUUCUGUACUUCUUUUCCAUGUAUACGUCCUCUGCUUUUGCAAAACUUAACUAACUAUAAUUGUCUUGAUUUAUUUGACUUUUACUAUUUGUUUUAAAUGUAAUAAGCAAGUAUUAUGAAAAAGACAA